CAGUGUGGACCUUACUGAAACUCUCGCAAUGAAUCGGUCCAGAUUAUUUGCUACUUUUAUAAGCUUGCUAAUAUGGUCUACCCAAGUUCAACAAUUUUUUGUCAGCGGAACUCGACAACAAGGCAAAACUCAACAUUGGCUGCACUCUUUCAGAGCAGAACUAAUACCGGGCGACUUUUACAAAGCCCUUGAAAAGUCCGAUGGCAGUAAACGCACUCUGCAACAUACAUUACAACAUUUCUUGGAAAGAUUACACAAAAAUCUGACAAUGUCGACGGUGUUAAGUGACUCCGAAAAUAACACCACAAGUGCAGAUAUCUAUAUUUUUAGAAUGCAAGAAUUAUCGACAUUUUUUUAUAAAGCUUCUCAUACUUUUGAACAAUUUUCCACGGAUACUGAACAUUUCUUUGAAAUAUCAAAAAAUUCAAGUCAUACACUAUUAUUAAGACUACGGCAAGUUCCAACAGCCCAACCUACACGUGUUAAAGUUUUUCUUACAAACUAUUUUUCAGAAAUGGAAUUCUUUCAUACGAUAUUUUCCGAAAUAAUCGACGAAGCUUUGGAAUAUUGCAUAGAAACUUUAAAAGCGAUUAAAAAAAUAUUUUUUUACUACGCAGAUACUCAAAGCUUUUUUUUAGAAAAUUGGAAAUUAAAGCUGAAUUUGGAAUGCUGCUCGCUCUAUGUUGACUUUUUACAACAGCAUUCUGCCCAGAUUUUUAAAUGUUCUGCUGGGGAUAAUCUUAACAUGGUUUAUGAUGUUUACUCUGUGACAAAGCUUAACGUCAAGUAUAUUAUGGUACAGCUGGAGUUUCGCAUUCAACGACUUUAUAAUUGUUUUUUUAAUACAAAUUUUUCCAUUCGAUGUAAAUUUUUGAAAAGCGCGGAGGGAGAUUUUAAACAUUUACUGAAUAAACUCGCCGAUUUAGAAAUGUAUCUGGAUGUAAAAACUAAAAAAAACAAUUUUUCGGCACUACGCUUACAACGAAAAGCAACAUGGUACAAAAAUACUUUAAAAUCGGCAUCGACCCUUGAUGAUUGUCUCCCAAAUGGCUUUCCGCAUAGUCAAAUGUCAAUGGACCUAAAAAAAUGCUUUAAUUUUUUUUAAUUAAUUAUAUGUAAUACAGUCUAACUAUAAUAAUAAAAACCACGUAUACAUUCUUUGUUUUACACAUAAAAGAGAAUCUUUGGUCGAACGACGUUAUUAUACCCGUUACUCGUACACACAAAAAAAAACUUGGUAAAAUCAAC